AUGAACCAAGGCAUCAUUGCAUUUAUGAGAAGAUUGGUCAAUAAGCUCGGCAAUAAAAGAUAUCUCAGACCCCACUUGAGGAGAUGUUAUGGAAUGCUGAGCUUUAUAAUCUGCACUGUAAACACAAUCCAUUGUCACUGCUAUGGAAGCUAUCUCCUCAAUGGACACUAUGAUUGGGCCAAAGAGGUGAAGGAUUUCGACGAAACCAAAGCCAGAGUGAAAGGACUUGUGGAUGCAGGCGUGACAAAGAUCCCCAAAUUCUUUGUCCACCCAAAGGAGAGUUUGGAGAGCCUGCCACCGGCUAAAAACCCUAGCAACGAUGCACUUGUGUUCCCCACCAUCGACCUUCAAGGCAUGGACAGCAACAGUGAUCGAAGAAGGGAGAUAGUGGAUGGCAUUCGUACGGCGGCCUCAGAAUGGGGCUUCUUCCGCCUGGUGAAUCAUGGCGUCCCCAUGACCACACUGGAUGCCAUGUUGGAUGCCGUUCGCAGGUUCCAUGAGCAGCCAAGAGAGGACAAGUUGGAGCUGUAUUCCGCGGAUAGUAGGCGUAGAGUGAGGUUCAACAGCAAUGUUGCUCAACGUGAACUUGAUGCUGCAUGUUGGAGGGAUUUGUUAACUUGUGUCUUCCAUGAUGAUACACUCGACCCUUAA